AUGAGUGUGUGGACAGCCCUGAUUCUGGUCUCGCAGCUGCUGUUAAACCUGUGCUUACAUGUGGAAGCUGAGAAUUUGGUCUAUGAUCUGCUCACCUCGCCUGAUUGCGUGCCAGACCUGCUGCAGGGGGGUCUGGCUGAGCAAAGGGUGAAUGAGGCUUUCAUCCUAACCUCCUUCAAGUUGCAACCCAAGACCGGAACCACAUUGUUUGGCCUGUACAACCCGAGGGACAACAGCAAGCACUUUGAGUUUACUGUGAUGGGGAAGCUCAACAAAGCUGUGCUACGCUACCUGCGGAAUGACAAUAGGCUGAGCUCAGUAACCUUCAACAACAUGGUACUGGCAGACGGCCAACAACACCGACUAUUGUUCCACCUGAAGGGGCUGCAGCAGCAGGGGCCAGGCGGGAUCGACCUGCAUCUGGACUGCAGGUUGGUGGAAACGGUCACAGAUCUCCCUGCUGCCUUCCAGGGUUUGCCAGCAGGCUAUGGUAUGGUGGAGCUAAAGACCAUGCAAGCCAGAGAGCAGGAGAGUUUAGAUGAGCUAAAACUGGUGGUUGGAGACUCAUUUGAGAAUGUUGCUUCAUUACAAAACUGCCAUUUCCAACAGAGGGACUCUGUCCAAACUCUGGGGGUCAACACAAAACAGCUGUCCAAUCAAAUGCUGGAGUUAACUAAGGUGAUAAAUGAGCUGAAAGAUGUCCUCAUUCAGCAGGUCAAAGAGACCUCAUUUCUCAGAAAUACCAUCUCAGAGUGUCAGGCCUGUGAUUUGGGUGGAAAAGAGAUCGUAAAACCACGGUGUGCCCCAGGUGUCUGUUUCCGUGAUCAUAUGUGUGUAGAGACAGUGGAUGGUGUUGAGUGUGGACCCUGUCCUGAUGGAUACACAGGGGAUGGCUUCAAUUGUGAUGAUGUGGAUGAGUGCCAGUUUAACCCCUGCUUCCCUGGAGUGAAGUGUGUGAACACUGCCCCGGGCUUUCGCUGUGAUGCCUGUCCACUGGGCUACAUUGGCUUGCCAGUGCAGGGUGUGGGUAUUUUGUUUGCCCAGACCAACAAACAGGUCUGUGAUGACAUUGACGAAUGCAAAGGACCCAACAACGGCGGCUGCACUGCAAACUCAAUCUGUCAAAACUCUGUGGGCUCCUAUCACUGUGGCCCUUGUAAGUCGGGUUUUACAGGAGAUCAGGUGAAGGGCUGUAAGCCAACUGUCAGCUGUAGCAACAGCCUGACCAACCCCUGUGAUAUCAAUGCCGAGUGCGUUUUAGAAAGAGAUGGGUCAGUCUUAUGCCAGUGUGGAGUUGGCUGGGCUGGUAACGGGUACCUGUGUGGAAAAGAUACCGAUAUUGAUGGAUACCCAGAUGAGAAACUCAAAUGCAAGGAGCCAAAGUGUAGAAAGGAUAACUGUGUUUACAUUCCUAACUCCGGUCAAGAGGAUGCAGACAGAGAUGGUAUAGGAGAUGUCUGUGAUGAAGAUGCAGAUGGUGAUGGUAUUCCAAAUGAGCAGGACAACUGCUGGUUAAAGUCCAACGCGGACCAGAGGAACAGUGAUAAGGACAGCCAUGGCGAUGCCUGUGACAACUGUCGCAUGGUGGAGAACCCCGACCAGAGGGACACUGACGGCGACGGGAGAGGAGAUGCUUGUGAUGAUGACAUUGAUGGAGAUGGCUUGAAGAAUGUACUGGACAACUGCCCACAAAUCCAGAACAGAGAUCAGAAGGACCGGGAUGGAGAUGGUGUGGGAGACGCUUGUGACAGCUGCCCCAACAUCCCCAACCCCAACCAGUCUGAUGUUGAUCACGACCUGGUUGGAGACCCCUGUGACACAAACCAAGACAGCGAUGGUGACGGUCACCAAGAUACCAAGGACAAUUGCCCAUUCGUAAUCAAUAGCUCCCAGCUGGACACUGACAAAGAUGGACUGGGUGACGAGUGUGACGAUGACGACGACAAUGAUGGGAUCCCGGACGUUAAACCACCCGGACCGGACAACUGCCGGCUGGCACCAAACCCUGACCAGACUGAUGACAACAAUGAUGGGAUUGGAGAUAUAUGCGAGAAUGACUUUGACCAGGAAAUGGUGCUAGACCCAGAGGGUGAUGCUCAGAUUGACCCCAACUGGAUUGUCUUAAACCAGGGAAUGGAAAUUGUUCAGACCAUGAAUAGUGACCCAGGACUUGCUGUUGGUUACACUGCUUUCAGUGGAGUAGACUUUGAGGGGACAUUUCACGUGAAUACAGUGACUGAUGAUGACUAUGCUGGCUUCAUCUUUGGCUAUCAAGACUCAUCUUCCUUCUACGUGGUGAUGUGGAAGCAGACUGAACAGACCUACUGGCAGGCGACGCCCUUCAGAGCUGUGGCUGAGCCUGGCAUCCAGCUUAAGGCUGUGAAGUCUAGAACAGGCCCUGGAGAGCACUUGAGGAACUCGCUGUGGCACACAGGAGACACCGACGACCAGGUCCGUCUGCUGUGGAAGGACCCAAGAAACGUAGGCUGGAAGGACAAGGUGUCCUACCGCUGGUACCUGCAGCACCGCCCACAGCUUGGAUAUAUCAGGGCACGGUUUUAUGAAGGAACUGAGUUGGUUGCAGACUCUGGUGUGACUAUUGACACGACUAUGAGAGGAGGACGUCUCGGUGUGUUCUGUUUCUCUCAAGAAAACAUCAUCUGGUCAGAUCUGAGAUACCGCUGCAAUGACACCAUCCCUGAUGAUUUCCAGGAGUUUAGCACUCAGCACGGCACUGACUUCCUCUAAAGUCAAGGCAAAAAUAUGGCAGCAGAUCUCCAAAGAAUUCUGUGUGUGUGUGUGUGUGUGUGUGUGAGAGAGAGAAUGUGGGUGUCUGUCUGUAGCUGUGUAUUGAAGCCCACAGGUUCUGUGCUUAUGUGAUCACCGUUGUUGUACUAUUUGUGCAUAUUAUCAUGUCUGAUUGCUUUUUUCCAGUUGUGUUUAACCAUUUUUACAAACUGCAGCUGAGAUUGUUAUGCUAAAUAAGUUAUAAUGAAUUUUACUAAACAUGAUGCAGCGUAACAUGACACAAGAACAAAAGAAACAAGGAAAUGUGACAUAAGAAAACAAAACAACACAUAACAUGUUUGUAUUCAUGGACGUUUGCCUUACAGUGAACACUACAUAAAGUUUUAGCACAAGAGGCCCCCAGUUUUCCACAUAUUUGCUUUUUUCUUUUUUAGAUGUUUUUUGCAUAAUAAAUUUGACAUGUUCAAAAUAAAGGGAAAAUCCUUAUAAAAAAACAAUAUUUUACUUGUACAACAAACUUGUAUUACAAAGAAUACUUUAUGUCUAGUAUUAUCAAAACAAGAUCAGCAAAAUCAGCUUUAGAUCAGCCUCAGUAGGGGUUGUAUUGUGUCAGCCAUGUAUAAUGUUUACCUAUCAGCAUGAUAUUUUGCCUCCUUUUGAAGAGACAAUUAACAGACCAGGUUUUGUAUGACUCAUUUCAUAUUCUGCCUUGUCUCACCUACCACUAAAAGCUCAGUGUAACAUUUUCUCCUUCCAUCAUUUGGUCCAUAACAUCUUUGAUUUCUAUGUAGUCAUGAACCGGGUCAAA